AGCGGAUUAUCGACACACUCGACGGGCGGGAAAUUUCAAACCACAGCAAGAAGACCGUUGUAGCAGAUUGAACCACCCUUUACACUGCCUCAAGCACGGCCCAAGUCACCGCCAUGACGUGGGAGGUCGUGGGAUUGGGCGCAGAUGACGCGUACGAUGAGACGCGCAACUUCUCAUCACCCGCGUCAGGCAAGGCGGAAAGCGCCCGCACCGCGGCUUCGUCUGCACUCUUCAACUUGCAAACACGAGCUCAGUUCAAGGUGGCCAACAGCAAUGCUGGUGACGAGCCUCUGACGCGAUGGUGUGCUGCCUCAAACGACGCACACACUUGCGUUGCCCUGGACACCCAAGUCUACAUCUUCAACCAGGCGUGCACCGAUGUUGCCGCUUCCCUCGACCUUGAUCACAAGGUCACGCACGUCGCCUGGGGAGGAGACACAGAGUUUCUUGUGAUUGCCGAUGAGGGUGGUGCCGUCCAUCUGCUGGAUGCCGCUACAAAGCGCGUUCUCCUCUCACAGGUGUUGGUGAAACCCCAGUCUGGUGACGGUUUUGUCACUGUUGCUUUCCACAGAAUCCAGGGAGCCGAUGUGGAUGCAUACGAGUUUCUCGUGUCGACAGCACGAGGAAAACUCUUCCGGUUCUGGAACGUGGAUCUGGCCCGACUCAGAGACUGCAUCUCCACUGGGGAUUUGCAGGGCGUGAAGCAGAUCAAGGCAAACAUUGUGCUGCAGAAGGAGACUCUUCUCUCUGGCUUUGUCGACACGAGCACCGACACCAUCACAGGCACCAUGUUCGUCUACUCCCCAACCGGCCAGGCACUACUGACAGCUUGGUCUGGCGCACAAGUGGCUGUAUGGGUGGCAAACACGGAUGGGCUCGAGCUUCAAGACUCGCUCGAUGUGACGCCGUUCCUGGCAGCGGAGGUGGCGGACUGUGUACUAUUCCAUCACAAACACGAGGACUACAUGGUUCUCCUGGACACCAACGGCACCAUGAGUGUCUGGCUUCGAGCAGCAAUGAUUCUCGUGCACACACGCGAUGCAAAUGCGCAUCGCAUGUGGCUGGUGCCAACCAGUGAUCCCGGCCACCCAUACCGCGUGGCCUUCCUUGCCACCCGAGCAAACGCACCGUCACAACAGCAGCAGCAACAACAACAACAACACACGAUGCAUCUUGCUAAUGUCCCGUCGAUGGAGGACACGUUCACGCUCCCGGUCUCGGAACAGUCGCUUGUCGUGCCCCAACAACACGCACAGACGGUGCUGCUGUUGGAGGCGACGUAUGCAGAGGAGAGCGAGGGGCCACCGGCUGUGCACAUCCGCGCGCUGGAGCCGACAGUGCCGCGUGACCGCUUCUACCACCUGCUGCAGCGCGGACGCUACGAUGACGCCUUGCAGCUGGCACACAAGUACGACGACCUCAACCCCAACAUCGUGCAUGAGGUGCGCGUGAACGGCCUGUUGGACGCCGUCGGCAAUGGCGAUGGGACAACAGCAUCAACAGCAUCAGGAAAGACGGCCAACGUGGCUGAGCUCAUGGCUGCGCUGGACCAGGUGCAGGACAUUGGCUUUGUUGUGCAAAGCGCUCUGCACGCGCCCGUCGCCAACACGCAGGAGGUGCACGCGCUGCUGACGUACGCGCACAACCGCCUGGAGGAAGCAAGCAGCGGCGUGCGUGGAUCGACAACAACAGCAGGAGCAGCAGGGAGCGGCAGUGGCGCCGCAAGAAAGCAGCGGGCAACGGCCCAGAACUCCAGCGCUGACUCGUCCGACGAGGAAGAGGACUUUGGUGCGCUCAACGCGCAGGUGCUGGCGGCAAUGAACCGACUGACGACCUUCCAACUCGCAGCGCACGGGUACUUCAACGCGCAGGAGUGGCUGCGGUUUAUGGAAGCAGACCUGUAUAAAGAGCUGCUGGUGGCCGUCUCCUCGGGCCGCAUUGGCACAGCGUCCAUCCUGUGGUACCGCCACAUGCGCGAGUGCGGGUUCCACGACCAGAUUGUUGCCAUUCUCACCGCGCUGCCGGAGAUGGUGCCCUGUUCGAGCUUCCUCACCUGGUUUGAGCACGACCUCGUGCCCAGCGUCAUGCGGCAGGACCACGCCUUUGUCGUGGACUGGGUGCGCCGCCGCUGCCUGGUGAUGGAGGUGACGGAGAAGGAGGCGUGGCCCGCAUGCGCGCUGGACCUGAUUGCCGCUGCAGACGAGCUGCUGGUCAUGUACGGGUGCAGCCAGAAGACCACGUCCCUUGCCGUGCGCAACAUCAAGGGCGCCCACCACCCGGGCCACUUUGUGCAGAUGCUGUGCGGCGAUCGCCAGAACAGCGGCAGGCAGAGCGCACAGGACCCUGCAGCGGAGGCGGCGCGGGCACUCGCGUCGCUGCGUACGCAGCUGGAGGACAUCAACUUUCUCAAGCAGGACGCGGGCUUUGCCAUCUCGCUUGCAGAGCACACGGCCGCUUCGCCAACGGACAUCAUGGUGAAGAUGCUGGACCGCACGUCCGCGUGUGAGCUCGUGCGAGAGGUGGUGGACAACGACCUCAUCCCAUACGCCCGCCGCCACACCGUCACCGUGGACUCAGUGCUGGAGGCGUACGUCGCCCACCUGGCCAGUGUGCAGCGCACGCACGGCACCGCUGUGCUCAGCAAUUCGUGGACGGGCAAGGCGCUGGCCAUCAUCCCCUGUAUGGGGGACGAGACCGCAAAGGUUCGCGCCACCACCCACAUGAUGCGGGCAGUGUGGGUGCCGUGCAGCCCGGAGCUGCUGGCGCUGUUUGAGGAAGCGCGCACGUGGCCGGCGGCACAGACGCGCGAGUUCCAGGAGCACCACCGCAUCCUCACCCUCAAGACGAUGCUGCUGCCGUACGGCGUGGCAAACGAGAACCUGUCCAACGUCAGCGCCGCCCGCAACCUGGUGAAGGUCAUUCUGGCCAACUUUGAGGAGGACACGGCCAUAGACGACGCGCUGCAGGUCGUUGCUGCGUACAAGCACAUCCCGCGCUCCUUUGUGUAUGUGGUGCGGGCGCGCAACCUCUGCUACCGGAACGAGGUGGCGGAGGCCUGUGAUCUCUUCCGCGGCCUCCCGCGCGGCCUCUCCCUCGCUGUCGGGGUUGAGCUGAGCGCCUGGGCACUGGAGGCGUGCAGGGACGCCGGCUGCUACGGCGCCGACCCAGACACGUGGCGGAACACUGUUCGCCUCGGCACGGAGGUCAUGGACACGCUCGUGCGUGCGCACAAUGUGUGGACUGCAACCACCGCAGCGGACAUUGCUGCCGUGUUCGCUGGCACAGAGCGGCCGUGUGCACAUGCUGGGAGUGGAGCAGUGGCGCCAGCGGCGGGUGCUGCGGUAGUGGGGCGGCUUGGUGCGUCCCAGAGUGGGUACGGCACAGAUGUGAGCAUGGACCACCUCGUGUACACGCACGCUGUGCUCAAUGCCAUGUGGCAGGCGCUGCGCGACUAUGGCGUCGCCGUCGGUGCCGCUGAGUUUGCCACCGCCCGCGGGCGACAGGGCAUGGCUGCCAAGUUCCUGCGCAAGCUCGUGCUUGAUGACAGCGCGGACGACGGCGAUGGCAGCCGCAGUGGUCGUGCUUCAACGACGCGACAUGCAAAGGAGAAUGACAAGGCAGCCGCCUCCACGAGGAAUACAAGGAUGGGCGCAAGGAGUGGCGCUGCCACCUCCGCGUCCGCAUCUGCAUCACGCGGGCGGACAGGAGCACAAACAGAAGAUGCAGAAGCAGGGGGCGGUUACGACGAUGCCAGGCACGCACGCGCCGCUGGCAUGGCUUCCCUCGCAGCCAAACACGUGCGCCUGCGCCAGAACAUCCAGCGCAUCUCCACGCUGCUUGGCAUUCGCCUGUCUGAGAUGGUGCGGCUGGUCACGGCGUGGCUGCUGUCGAUGCACUGCGCUGCCGCCUACCUGGGUAUGAUCCUGGACGUGUGUGAGGACAUUGUUGCACAGCGCCCCGAAGAAGCCGACUGCGACAACAUCCUUGAUGUGUGCGAGCGCCUGCUCACCAUGUCGGACGAGCUGACGUGCGAUGAGCACGACGCGCUCGCGGCGUCCCCGUCCUCCAUGUCACUCCUGCAGCUGCUUCGCCGGGUCAAGGCACUCUGCAGCCAGUGCACAGCCAUGUGCUCGGCAGCUGUGCUUUGCGACGCGCUUGAGAUGACUCGGAGCUGCAGCCUCGCACUCGACGUUGCGCUCCAAUGCGAACACGCGCCGGAGGAAGAGGGUGAGGGUGUGCCAUUGUCUGGAGCAGCAGGCGCCCAGCUGUACUCGCUGCAUCACAGCAGCUUUGCCCCUGCGCAUCUCCAGCCCACACGUGCCGCAGGUGCAGGCAGUAGCAGCCGACAGCUGAAAAAGCAGAAGAAGAAGAACGCAGAGGCGUGGGAGGCGUCGGAAGUGUACGCUGCACGGUCCGCAGCCACGCGUCACCAGCAGCGCCAAGAGGAGGGCAAAGAAGGCGAUGCCGUGGCCAUGUGCUCACACGCAAGUACUGCCCGUACCGCAACCAUUACCACAACAGCUCUCUUUGACGUGGCCGCAGAUGUUGCAGAGCACAUGCGUGGGCUGCGUCGCAGCUUGCACAAAGACCUGUGGCGACAGGAUGGCCUUGUGCUUGAAAUGGACACGGUGCUGCCUGGCGUGUUGGCCCUCCAGCAAAACCUGCUGCCAAAGGUCACGCCCGCUGUCUCUGCUGCCUCCACCUUCACGGGGUCCAGCGCAUCGUUUGGCAGCGGCAUGCUGACGUACGAGCAGCGCCGCACCACAGGGCGCGUGGGCGGCCCGUCGCCCCCUGCACAUGACGACGAUGACGCGGGUGAUGGCGAUGGUGACGGUCGUGCGACGGCGAUUGCACUUGGGCUGCGCUCCGUCAACGCCACCCUUACGCAAGCCUUUGAAUUGUAUGAGACGCUGUGCCAGAGUAACCAGCUCCAGCUUGCGCUGCACAUUGCACUGCGCGCUGUCGGCACAUGCGCACAGUUUGCUCACUUCUGGCACGUUGCCGUUGAGGGUGGUGCGGAUGGUGAUGGUGGCGAAGAUGGCGACGAAGACAGUGCUCCGUACGCACAGCAGGCGCGCACAAUCCAGGCGGUGUAUGGGCGAGCGGUUCCACUGGUGUGCAGCAAGGUCGCGGAGACGGUUGGCGUGCUGCUUCGCGCAUGCAUUGCGCGCCCAACGCCGGACCUGGGCCUUGCCUCGUGCUGUUUGGCGCUGCUGCCGCUAGAGGACGGCUUCUCCGCGGUGCGCAGGGCUGUCAAGGCGUCCAAGCAGAACUACGACAAGCUUGCUCGCCUGGCGCUGCUUGGCUCUGGCGGCGCCAUCCUGUGGAAGAGCAGCGAUGUGUUUGCCGAGUGCGAGGAGCUGUACCAGAACGCGUCGUGGUGGGAUCGCCUGUCUCGACUGCACAUCCCCGUCCAGCGCGAACAGUUUUCACGCGAGAACCCGGCGUUUGAUUUCGGUGCCAUUCUGGAGCACAGCGACUUUGACCUGUCGCUGUGCCUCGAUCUCGCAUCUGACUACGGCGUGGCGCGCGAGCGCGUGUACUGCGCAUACAUUGAAGCGCUGUGCAUGACUUCCAGCCCAAGUGCCAUGUUCGUGGAUGUGCAGGAUCGCGUGCGCGUGCGCACUGACUUGAAGGACAACGCGCUGUACAUGGUGCAGCUGCUGCAAGACCCCGCGUCCCUGGCAGACACGCUCUCGCACACGUGCCUGCGCCUCACCAACCCGUACGAUUACGAGCGCGUGGGCUUUGUUCUGGAGGUGCUGGAGCGGGUGCUGCAGCACGUGGCCAAAGCGGCUUCUGGCGCCACCGGGAGCGGUGGGGCAAGGGCUCGGCGCCGCCGCUUGCAACGGCACGGCAACGGCGAGGGCGAAGAGGUGGCUGCAGCUGGCGAUGAGGGCACAGGCGUCAAGACGGAGGCAGUGUUGCCUAAAGACGGCAGCGAACACGACGCGUCGCCGUCGCCUGAAGAUGAGCCGACAUGGCAGACGCUCGUGUGGGACCAGGCCCUCAUUGGCCGCGCCAAGCUGGUGCUUGGUGUGCUCGGUCGCUUCACUCGGCAGCAGCCCGUGCCUCAGGAAGAGCUGCAGUACAUUCAUGAGGAGCUCGCACAAGUUGUUGGUCAGGCACACCACGACCUGGCCCAGCGGCGCCUGCCGUUCCACCACCUCUUCCUCGGCGAUGCCCUGGACAUUCUCAAGCCCGAGCUGUCAUUGGACAGCGUGGAUAAGCUGUUGCCACUGGCGCGGCUGCUGAAGCUUCCAUCCGAUGAUAUUUACACGGCCGUGAUUGGCGAGGCGCUCUCGCGCGGCUUGGCGAGCAGCGGCACAGCGCAUGGCGACGGCGAGCGCAGCAAUGACAUCACAGGCCCUGCCAAUGCGGAUGGCUUGCUCUUUGCACCACUUUCGUCGCCGUCGUCGUUUGGCCUCGGCGUUGGCAGCGACAUGUUUGAUUCGCUGCCCGCGUGCAGCGAACGUGCGGGCAGCGAGGGCGGUGGCGCCGUAACGUUUGCGACGGUGAUGGGUUUGCUCCGCAAGAUGGAGAGUAUGGAGUUUGCCACGGCAUGUGCAAAGGAGGUGGCAGACGUGCUGCCAACGGGGCAAGACAAGAUCACCGUGCUGCAGUUUGCUGUUGAGGUUGCAGGCAAGUGGCUUGAGUCCCUUCGUGGGAACAAAAACGGCAGCGCGAGCAGUACUGGACGCGGUAUGGCGAGGCAGGUGGCCAAGGCGAGGGAGCGCUUCAGCCUUCUGCUGCGCGAAACACAAACCCUCCACCUGCUGCAGCAGGCGCGUAUCCAUGCGGACGAGACACUGUCCUUGGUGCAGCAGCCCGAGGAGCUCAUCGUGCACCUGUUUGAGCAGUACACGAUCGGAGCGGAGGCUGCCGAGCUGGCAGCACGCGGGCACGACCUGUAUGCGCUGGCAACCAACAUUGGAGAUCUGCACGACGUUGACACGGAGGCCAUUCGCCUUCGCCUGGUGGAGGAUUAUCUCAAGGCGUGCGACGCGGAAGGAAAAGAGAACCAGCGCGGUGGUGGCGGCAGCGGCGGCGGCGGCGGUAACGUGACGGCCGCAGUCAAUGCAACGGCACGGAACCGUACGCACAUGCAGGGGCGAAGCAUGGUCCGCGGCAGCAAUGCCACCGGAAUUGGUGGUGGUGGUGGCGCCCGUACAGGCGCACGCCGUGGUGGAGGACUUACCCUGGGGAGCUUGUGGGGUGAUGAUGAUGGGGACGAAAGCAGCAUGUGCGAUGGCACUGUUGGCGGGGACCUGGGGCGAACAGGCACGUCGGGGUACAGCUGUACCAAUGCUGGUCGCUCGUUUGCUGGCCACCAAACCAUUGUGCACGAAACAGUGGAGACUGCAGACGACAGCACGUUGUCGUUGCAUCGUGCCAUUGCGCUGUUACGCAUGGUGGAUGUGAAGGAGAGUGCUCUGUUCCUCAUCAACUUUGCCAUGGUUGAGGGGUCGAGCAAGAUAACGCUCAGUGCGCGUGUGCGUGCAUGCAUUGCUCUCUUCUCCAUCACAACGCUGUCUUUUGUUGCCUCGAUUAUGGAGCAAGAGCCACAGGAGUUGCAGGAGCACCUGUUGUCGCUCAUCUACGCCUCUCGUCUGGAGGAUCUCGACAUUUUCCAAACACCACUGCAGUUUGAGAGAACGAACAAGCAGAGCAUUGCCAAGAGCAUUUUGCGGAACCACCCGUCAGACCCCACGGCACUUGAGUUGAUUGUCCACCUGUGCCUGGACUUUGACCUGUAUGAUCUUGGACUCUGGGAACGGGUCCUGAAGCAAGUGAUGGCCAUUGGCGACUACGAGCUUCUGGCGAGUGUGCUCGUCUCUGUGGCGAGCGCCGAGGAUCUGUGGUACCUGGCGUCUCUGGAGAAGGCGUGGCAGGCGACGCUGCAGCACUUUGUUGAGCAGGUGGAGGAUGUGAACGACGAUUGCGAAAAGGCGAUUCGAUUGAUGCUCAAGUCACCGCUGUCGAUGCGCCAGAAGGCGCCCAUGCUUGUGGACACGUGCAUGAAGUCUAACAAGGAGCACCUGGCCAUCAUCUGCGCCUUCUGCCACGCCGAGUCUGAAAAGCAGCUGGUGUCGAUUCGACGCCAAAUGGAUGCGAUGGGAAUUGAGCGCUGCUUGAGUGUUCUGGAGACUUCCACACUUCCCGUCCUGGACAAGGUGAAGCAUGUGCUGGAGAAGUGGUUGGCGAGCCCGACCGCCUGAAAUCGGACAUGAGGAUGGGAUGUUGAAGCGGGCACGAUUGCACUUGCCGUAAUGCACGACUUCUCCAUCGGUGUCGCUCUGUCGCUAUGUGUGUGUGUGUGUGUGUGUGUGUGUGUGUGUGUGUGUGU